AUGGGCACAAUCGACAAGGGACCGUGCAAGAUUGCCGCCUUCAGCGGAUACACGGGCGAUCGCUUCGAUGCGCUCAAGACCCAGGCUGAGGGCAGCGGAGCUCCCAUCCUCUUCGGAGACUACCUGGCCGAGAUGAACAUCGCUUGGCGCGCUCUCGAGAUUAAGGACGACCCGAAACUCGGCUACGAGCGACCCUUCCUCGCGCACCUGCAGAUUGCGGCGCAGGCAAUCGCCAAGAACAAGUGCAAGGUGCUCACGAACGCGGGCGCACUGAACCCGAAGGGCCUGGCCGAAGCCGUCGUGCAGCUCCUAGCCUCGCAGAACAUUAAUCUCAAGGUCGCUUGGGUCGAGGGCGACAACAUCAUUGACAGGCUCGAGGAGCUCGAGGGCAAGGGCGAGAAGUUCACGCACCUCGAGGGUGAUGGGCGAGCCCUCAGCGGGUGGGGUGAAAAACCCCUCACUGCCAACGCGUACAUUGGCGCACGCGGUGUGCAUGCUGCCCUCGAGGCUGGCGCCGACAUCGUCAUCAGCGGAAGAUGUACCGACGCCUCGCCCAUUGUUGCUGCGGCUGCGUGGUGGCACGGCUGGAAGUGGGACAACUAUGAUGCCCUUGCUGGCGCGCUCGUUGCGGGCCACUGUAUCGAGUGCGGCGCCUACGUAACCGGCGGCAACACCUCGGGCUUCAAGUCCUUCAAGGACAACUACCACCACUUCGCGAUGGGCAUUGCCGAGAUUGCGUCCGACGGCACCUUCAUCAUCACGAAGCAGCCGAACUCGAACGGCUUCAACGGCAUGGUCACGGACGUGACUGUCAGGUCCCAGAUUCUGUAUGAGAUUCAAGGGAACGGCAUUCUGGACGACAUCACGGUGACGAACGUGGGGCCCGACCGUGUCGAGGUCACUGGCAUCCGCGGGGCUGCGCCGCCGUCGACGACCAAGGUCGCCAUCUGCGCUGUGGCCGGAUACCAGGCUGAGACGAUGUACUUUGCGACCGGUCUAGAUGUGACGGAGAAGUUCGACACGAUUCGACUCCAGAUCAAGAAGAAUCUGGGCGACAAAGUCCUGUCUCAAUUCUCGACCUUUGACAUUACGCAAUACGGCGUCGCGAAGGAGAACCCCGAGAACGAGGCUCUGGGAACUGCGAUGCUCUACAUCUUCGCGCAGGCCAAGAACAAGGAGGCGUUCGGGCCCGUGGGCUCGCUUACAGCACUCGUCCAUCGCGAGGGCUUGGGACACUACCCCGGCAUGCACACGUUCAUGGACAGCCGAAUUGCCCAGCCCAAGCCGUACAUUGAGUACUGGCCGGGUACGGUCUCGCAGUCGCAUCUUCCAAUGACGGUGCGCUUUGUGGGCUCGGACGAGGUGAUCAACGUCGCGCCCGUCGGCGCUCAGAACGAGACGAUCGCAGUGAUCCCGCAGAAGGACUACGACCCCUCGAUCAAGCUGAGACCGGGCGAGUACGGAUCCACAACUCGUACGGCGAUCGGGCACAUCGUGCACGCGCGCUCAGGCGAUAAGGGCGGGAACGCCAACGUCGGCUUCUUCGUGCCCCGCAACGCGUCGGGGGAGUAUGACUGGCUGCGAGCGCUGCUGAGCAAGCAGACGCUGAUCGAGAUGCUCGGUGAGGAGUACAAGGAGAACAGGAUCGAGCGCGUCGAGUUCCCCGGCAUGCUGGCUGUGCACUUUGUCAUUCACGAUUAUCUUGGCAAGGGCGUCAGUUCUACCGCUAGGCUCGAUAGCCUGGCGAAGAGUGUCGCCGAGUACCUCAGAGCCAAGUGGGUCGACGUCCCCGACAAGUUCUUGCUCAGGGGUAAGCUGUAG